AUGGCACGGGCCGCUCAAUCAGGGCGUGAGCUUCAUUUUGUCACCGUCACAAGUAGCAAGUCAGCCUCAAUUCCAGAUGCAGACCAACGAAGAUCCUUGCGUGCAUUUGUUAUGCAAGACUAUCUCCGGCAAAAGAAUGACCCAGACUGGCAUUUUGCUCCAGCAAAGGUGGACAACCGAAUGAGCUCACAUAUUUCUCGGUUUCGAGCUAUCAGGCCAGCUUCGACGACACAUCGCAGGGCACGGACAAUGAAAUCGCGAAGAACACGGCCUCCAAUGUUGGCAUGUACACGACCAAGGCGACUUGUUCCUGCUUCUGCCCGUAGUGAAGUGGACGACAUUGUAGACAUUCUGGAAAAUCCCGAUCGGCCUUCGUCAUGGUCACCGCUCCAUGACCUGGAUAUGCUGGACCCUUUUCGUACCUUUCCACUCGACAUUUCCAAGCCAGACAUUCUACUCCUUGAAUAUUAUCACAGCUCUUUCUGGGCCAACUCUUAUGCUUGCAACCCUGAAGGCCGAUGGAUGUCGGUGGCUUGGACAGACCCGGCCAUCAUACAUGCGACCCUUUGCCUCGUGAUCAUCCAUAGGAGAGACUGCCUUUCGACAGAUAUAUCAAGAGAUUACUUCAAGCACCGAGGGCACGCCAUGAAAUCCAUCGCUGGUCGAUUGAGUGAUCCGAAAGAAGCCAUCAGUGAUGCCACCAUUGGUGCCGUAGCUAUUCUUUCGAGUUCUGACCAUCACUUUGAGUGGCCCCCCAGCGUCCAGGAGACUCACUCUCUGGGGCUGACUGAAAUGAUUGCUCGCCGUGGAGGUAUGGACCGUCUGAGCUCGAAUCGGCAUGUUCAGCGAGUAGCAGGAUGGGCCGAUCUGCUUCAUUCUGCAAUGUACGGCACCGGCCUCAGGAUCAAGAUCCCUUCGAGGCUAACUGAGCGUUCUUUUCAGGAUUUCGACGAGAUUGCCCUCCAGAAAUCCAUCCAGCAUGCACCUGGUAUCCUCUGGGAUGAAUUGCCCUCUAGCAUUGCAAACAUUCUCCGCCAACUACGGAUUCUAUCAGGAAUCAAGGCUCUUCUUCUUGGCGAGCGCAAUGUGGAAAUGUGCCAAACCUUCAGCGACUUGCUGUGGAAGCUCGAGUAUGCUAUCCUCGACCAUCAUGAUCUUCCAGAUACGUCCGCAGAGUAUCACUCCGGCCUUUUUGGGGGUAAGUCAAUGGUCGACGCUGUAGGCAUUGCAGCGCUCCUGUUUUCGUACUCUUACUUGAGGGAUCUGACAGCACCAAUACUGUAUGACAAAUUAAGUGCACGACUGAGGAGUACGCUGUCCGCCUUGCAAGAGGCACAUGUGUUGUCCGGAGCGGGUGUAAGAAGCCUGUCCCAAAUCUAUGCGCACGAGUUCUUGCGAGGUGACGAACUUGCAAUCUUGCUUUGGGUGCUGAAUCUGGGACUACAGGGCUCCCGGACCGACCAACAGAGCAAGGGAUGGUUUGCAAAAACGAUGGCUCAAGUUUGUUGGAAUAACGGCGUCCUUUUGCGUGCCAUGGUGGAUGAGAGGAUGCGGAGCGUGGUUCCUCAGGCCGGACAUGCAAUGGAUAUUUCAGAGGAGGCCUGGACACGGGUGCAGGGGUUGAUAUGUGAAGACCUUGGAGAAACAUGA